AUUCUAAGCAGCCAGGUUCACGUUGAAAAGACAUGGGGAUAUGACGCGCUUUGGCAGGUGGUGAUGUCACGGUGGGUACUGAAGUAGCCUCACUCUAUUUUUUACUUCGCUACCUGAUGAAGCCCAAGCAGUUUGAACAAAAUAUCGUUGUACGUCGAUGUUAAAUUCAUUCGUGAAAAGUCUUAAGCCACCGGUGAAGAGCGUUAUUAAUACAAAUAUAAAAUUAGACCAAUUCGAACGUGUGGAACCGUUGACUUGCUAUUUUCAUCCCAGUUGGGAAAAUAUCGACGAGUUUAAUGAGACAGACAUAAGGGACCAGGUGGUGUAGAGAUGAGAACAAGGCCAUAAGAUAAGAGGACUCUCAACGGGUAUAAAAGGGGACCCUUGGCAGUGGUUCAGCAUCGUCUUUCAGGAUCUUCACUGCACAAUGUACGGACUCAUCUUCGCUCUGCUCGUGGGCACCGCUGCGGCGGCCCCAUACAUGUAUGAGGACCACAUCGUGGGUGGCUACGAGUGCGCUGCCCACUCGCAGCCGUGGCAGGUGUCCCUCAACAUCGGGUACCACUUCUGCGGAGGCUCCCUGAUCUCCAGCGAGUGGGUCGUGUCUGCCGCUCACUGCUACCAGACCGCGUCCCGCAUCUCUGUGCGCAUCGGUGAGCACAACAUCUUCGUGACCGAGGGCACCGAGCAGAGGAUCCAGGCCUCCAAGGCGAUCCGCCACCCCCAGUACAGCUCGGCCACCAUCGACAACGACAUCAUGCUCAUCAAGCUGUCCUCGCCCGCCACCCUCAACCAGUACGCCCAGGCCGUCCCACUGCCCUCCUCCUGCGUCGGCACCGGAGUCAUGUGCACCAUCUCCGGCUGGGGCGAGACCCAGACCAGCGUCGGCAGCCCCGAUGUCCUCAUGUGCGUCCAAGCGCCCGUGUUGAGUGACACCUCCUGCAGGAACUCCUACCCCGGUGACAUCACCAACAACAUGAUCUGCCUGGGAUACCUGGAGGGUGGCAAGGACUCCUGCCAGGGAGACUCCGGUGGCCCCGUCGUGUGCAAUGGCCAACUGCAGGGCAUCGUGUCCUGGGGCCGCGGCUGUGCCCUGCCCAACUACCCCGGCGUGUACACCAAGGUGUGCAACUACAACUCCUGGAUCGCCAGCACCAUGGCUGCCAACUGAGCGACUCACUCGGUAGCCAUCUUGCCGAACAACAAGCACCAUGAUUGUUGUAAUGAAAUGAAAUUAAUAAAAUAUUUGAAAUAA